AUGGGGGUUCAGCUUAAGAAAGAGGACUAUCAGGACUUACUGAACCACCUGCCUAUUGAUGAGAAUAAAAUGGUUGAUUUGAAUGUGGUGAUGGAUGAUGCAAAAGCUUUUACAGCUGAUGGAAAAAUAUAUAAAAACAGGUUGCUAAAAGGCGUGAAGGCCCUCAAUGGUGAUAGAACAGUUGGUCUGAAUGAUGUGAUGGAUGCUAUCAGUGGGUUCAGGGGAGAGGUGAUUGAUAUCCAGGACUUAGACAAAUUUCUAGUAAGUGAGGGGAUCGAGCUCACAGAAGAAGACAUGAAGGAGCUGAUGUCUCAUUUGACUGUUAAUGCAAAAGGGAUGGUGCCACUGCAUAAGUUGAUGAAAACUGGACAUGAUACUAAAGACAGAGUUAUUGACCCCAUGGCAGUUUCUGACAUUAAAGCAAAACUUCAGCUGAAUCCUCUAACUAAAGUACCCAGCUCCCAUGGCAAGAGGGGUAAAGGUUUACCAGGAUCUCUCCCCUGCCAAAGCAAAGAAAAGAAGCUGAAUGCCUCACAAAUGCAAGCCUUCCAAGAUGCCUACAACUUCUUUAACAAGGAUAAAACUGGCUGUAUUGAUUUACAUGGAAUGAUGUGCACUUUAGCUAAGCUGGGAAUGAAUCUAACGAAGCGUGAUGUCUAUAAUGAAUUAAGAUGUGCUGAUAUUGAUCAAGACGGGAAGGUGAAUUUCUCAGAUUUCAUAAAAGUCCUAACAGAUACGAACCGCUUCCUGAAAGCUGUGGUUCCAGAAAAGGAGAAAUGUUUAGAUUUAGCCGGCAACCCAGGGAUCCUGUUGUUUGAAAUCCUAUCAAAGCUUGUAGAGACUUCAGCUUUACCCAGAAGGGCUAUAAUGGAAAUAGUAAGCUAUUUCCAAAGAAAAUUCCAGGAUACCACAUUGGGAAUGCCGUGGAGUCCCUACACUGUGGGUUAUGGGAAAAGGAGAUUGAAGCCAGACAUCAGCACACCUCCAGCCUCAAGCACAGCUGCCUUUGCUAAUGCUGCCCGGAUCUCAAUAAUGAAAGAAAAGGAUUUACUUAAAUUUCUUGAAGAGAUCAAGAGGUGCAGUCCUCCUUCAGAUAGCCCAUAUUCCAAAAUACCCAUCUUUCCAUUGUUUCCUAAUGUGGAUGGGGUGGUGAUGGGAAAGCCAUUCAAAGACAUACAGAAAUUAGAAAUGCUAAGGAGAAGGGAGCCUCUGGAUUUCUUUGAGAACUAUUUUUUCCAUAAAAGAGACUGGAAGACACAGGCUGCAAAUAUAAAGCCUUUCGACCCAGUCUCAGGCUACCCAAAUGACAUCCUCGCCAUUGACCAACUACUCAAGAAGAAGCAGAACUGGACCGUGACCGACGCAGCCGCUAUUAAACAGCAUGUGAAGAGGGCUACAGAGGCCUAUAACUUGGGAAUUGCCCUUGAGCACCGGAAAGACAUGCUAAACCUCUGGCGGAAGAUCCGAGGAGAUCUGAUUGGAAUAGACACUAAAAAUGAGGCCUUUUAUGACACCUUUUCUACCUAUACAUGGUCCUGGAAUGUUUGCCAAGAAUUACUUUCGCGGAAGGACUUAAGGUUAUAUGAUGCCUACAUGAAUAGGAACACCUUCCACAACUCUGUAUCCUCUUCUUCCUCGGGUAUCAGUGAAUGUGACAUAGAGACAGGAAGAAAAAGAAAACGGAAAGGUUCCAGAGGGUUCCGACAAUGAAAUUUCUACAUUUUCUAAACAGCUCAUUGCAAACUACUUUUUCAUAGAUAUCAAAAUUAUGGUUUCUUGCUUUUGUCUAGUACAUUCUUAGCAGCUGGAAAUGUUG